CUGGAAACUAAGCUAUUUUGUUUAUCCAACUAUUUUGGUGAUAUUUGAAGGAGCUGGCUAUUAUUCGAUGUUAGCUUUGUUUAUAUCGUGGGAUCGGCCCACCAUGCGCAUGGUGUGCCAAUCCCAAACGGCGCCGUUUUAAUUAAUAAAAAUCGGCCAUCUUCCCACUUGAGAGAGACGAUGAACAGAGACCCGUUCAAUUAAAACUAUUUCCAGGACUCUUUUGCUAGAGAGAGCUAGACGACGGGAUGGACGAGCUCUUUGCAAGGCAAUUCCACCGUCCACUACAACCCUUAACCCUUCAGAUCUCCCCUCAUGGGACAAUUCCAUGAUUUCUGAGUUCAACACAUACAAGCUUCAUAAUCCCCUCUCGAUUCUUCAAAUCCCUCCCUAAUAAAUGUUUGGAAAAGUGGGUUGGGAUUGGAAUGGGUUUCUGCAGGGGAAUGAAUUUCUCUCAACUUAUGGCUCCUAAAGGUGGGAUUGAAUUUUGGGAUGGCCAUCCAUGGAAAAGUUAUUGCAGGGGAUUGGCUUUCUGCAUGAGAAAGCCAAAGUUGUUUCUAGUUACAUUCUCAUUUAUUUUAGAAAAGUUAUAUUUUUAUUAAAACGAUUUACAUCUCCGUGCUUCUUAAGUUACAUAUCUAUUAGCGUGGGUUACAUGUCAACUUUUCUCAGUAAGUUACAUGUUGUUUACACGUGAUUUACAUUUUAUUAUGCGAGUUACAUAUUUUUAUGUUUGAGUUACAUUAUUUUAUAAGCGAGUUACAUUUUCUGAAGCGUAAGUUACAUUUGUCAUCAACACGAUUUACAUUUGUAAUAACAUGAGUUACAUCAAAAAAAUAACCCUCUGCUAUUGAAACAAAAAAAUGAUUUUUUUUAAAAUCCUUGUGAUGGUCAUGAUAUUAAAAACAAAACAUGUUCACGAUUUAUGUAAAGUAAUUGUGUAGUUAGACUCUUUUUUUCAUUGUUUGCAUUGAAAUCAAUAUUUUAUUCUUUAUAGCAUGCAUUUGAUAAGUUACAUUUCGAAUGGACUUGAGUUACAUUGAUCAAUAACGUGAGUUACAUAUCUUUACACGCGAGUAACAUCAUUCAUACUGUUGGGACAAAAAACAGUUACUGUACACACGUGUACUGUUCACGCGUUACUGUUCACGCGAAUUUUUUUUAAAAUUGUGCAAAACUAUGUCGUUUUGGGUGUGUGAGUACGGUGCUCACAGUGGGGUGAUACCACGGUAUACGAACUGAUUUCAUUACUAGAAUACGAAUGUUUAUUGUAUGACCAUGUUCUACUGCCUUCUUCUCCGGGUUGUUCUAGAAUUUGGAUACCCUUAAAUAGGCAAACACAUUUGUGAUUUGUGAUUUGAAAUAAGGCCUUGUUUCGAAGUACUGUAGAUUAAUGUACCAUAAAGGCAUAACACUGCGGGAUUGUAUGUGCAGGGAUUUAUCCAAUAAGCAGUGGUACAGCUUGAAAAUUUGAAGGGAAUAAAAACCAAGUGGAUCUUAUUUUGUGUGAUUUUUGGUAUUCGUUUAUGUUUUGGCUUGUCAGAUUGAUCAUUUAUGAAGUGUAUGUUGAGUUGUAAUAAUCUGUAGGAGACUUUAAUUGAAUGGGUUAUACGAAGAAGAAUAAAAACCAGGCGGCGAAGGAACAACAACCUAUCCAAUAGUACAACUGCAGUGUGCCGCUCGGAAUCUACCGAAGAGUGAUCUCGGAGCUGUCAUUUUUGGCUGACUGCCAUUUGGACAUUUUGCAUAUUUCAAGAAGGUUAGUCCUGCCAUGCUGCUUUUCCUGUUUAAUCAUAGUGAUCGGAAGCUUCUGGGUACAUUUGAGGCUGCUGGCCACUAAAAACUGAAUACUGACCCAUAUGCAUGGACUAAUGGGGCAGACCACAAAACAGACUUUCCUGCACAAGUGUUAACAUGAUAAAUUGGAUAUUUGUGGAUGGAAUCAAAAUGUUCGGGAGCUGCUAUGCUUUGAAAGAAGACCAGUUUUACCCUGUCAUUGCUGAUAAGUGAUAAGUACUAUGAUCAAGCUCAGUCAAACCAUUCUUGGUUUGAGAUGGACCAUUCUGAAACCGCUAAGAUGAUCAACUUGUUUUCGUCUUCAGCUCAGCCUUAUGCUUGCCCUUAUCAUCAUCAUAAACCUACCACUAAAUCCAGUUGUUCUAUUCCCCAAUACCGUUAUAACGCUCAUUUGCCUUAUGAUGGCGGUAAGCUGCACAAUGCACCUACAAGUGAAGUUCUUCUACAAAAGGAUGCAAAUGCUUUCUCUGAACAGAAAAGAUGGAGCUCUCUGUUCAAAAAUGACACAUCCGCUUAUAUGGUGAGCAAAUAUGAGCGGUUGAAGAUUGCGUCUUCACACCCAACUUCACCCUUGACAGAACAUUACAAUGGGGGAGAGUUGGAAUCUUGUACCCCACUCCCAACAACCAAAACUUAACUUCAUGAGGCAUGGGGAGAGGAGAUUGAGGGAGAUAAAGAAAGUAUUCAUCCAUUUAUUGAGGCUCCUGGCGUCUAUUCGUGGGAAUGGGAGGGAGAGCUGGUUGAAGGAAAUGUAUACAAUAUUCCACCAUUUCUUCAGGUCCCUUAAUAUUCGGUGGGUGGAAGUUCUUCAAACGAACUGAAUGGAGUGUGUGCAGAGAUGGACAGAGUUGAAACAUAUAAAGAGCCAUUUGUUGAAGCUCUUGGUAAUCUAUCAAUGCUGAUGCAAGAGGUUCAACUACUGAAAGAGAGGCAAAUUGAACAAGAAGAGAGAAUUCAGGCUCUUGAGAAGGAUCUGGCAUCGGGCUGUCAUUUGGACAUUUUGCCUAUAUAAAGAAGGUUAGUGCUGGCAUGCCACUUUUCCUUUUUAAUUACAGUGAUCGGAAGCUUCUGGGUGUAUUUAAGGUCUUGGCCCAGGGAAACUAAAUAUUGACCCAUAUGCAAGGACUAAUGGGGCAGACCGUGAAACAGACUUUCCUGCACAUGUACUAAGUACUAACACGAUUGAACCAUUUGUCUUUUAAGGUUAAUAUUCAUACAUGCCUAUAAAUGUUCAUCUUACCAUUCUGUGUCUUCCAAGGUCAAUAUUAAAAUGUUCGAGAGCUGCUAUGCUUUGAAGGAAGACUAAUUUUACCCCAUCAUUGUGGAUAAUUGUUAUGAUCAGUCACACCAUAUCUGGUUUGAGAUGGACCAUUCUCAAACAGCUUAGAUGAUCAACUUGUUUUCAUCUUCAGCUCAGCCUUAUGCUCGUCCUUCUCAUUACCAUAGAUCUGAAGCCAGCUGUUCUAUUCCUUGAAAUCGUUAUAAUGCUCCUUUGCCUUAUGAUGGCAGUAACCCGCACAAUGCAUCUACAAGUGAAGUUAUUUCAAAAAAGGAUGCACAUCCAUCCUCUGAAGAGAAAACAUGGAGCUCUCUGUUCAAAAAAGACACAUCCGCUUAUAUGGUGAGCAAAUAUGAGCGGUUGAAGAUUGCGUCUUCACGUCCAACUUCACCCUUGACAGAACAUUACAAUGGGGGAGAGUUGGAAUCUUGUACCCAACUCCCAACAACCAAAACUUUACUUCAUGAGGCAUGGGGAGAGGAGAUUGAGGGAAAUAAAGAAAGUUUUCAUCCAUUUAUUGAGGCUCCUGGAGUCUAUUCGUGGGAAUGGGAGGGGGAGCUGGUUCAAGGAAAUGCAGACAAUAUUCCACCAUUUUUUCAGGUCCCUGAAUAUUCGGUGGGUGGAAGUUUCUUGGGACGUCCCAAAAAAGAAAGUUGGCAAAGUUUUAAGGGACGGAGGGAGUAUGUAUAAGCCUAUAUCCCCAACCCGCAUCUAUCCUUCGCCCACCACCUGUCAAUCGUUCUACCAUAGCCAAUCCAGGUACGCAUGCACUUCACUAUACUUCUAUUGAGGGGGUGUUUGAAUCUGAUUCUAAAACUGCACUUCACUAUGCAGAAGUUGGAGUGUUUGGGUGAAAAUGCAGAAGUGAUUCUAGAAUCAGUUUUUUUAGAAUUUGGAGGGACCAUCUUUUGAAAAUUGAUUCUGAUUCUGCUUCUGCUUUAAAAAGAAGCAGAAACAGAAAAAGUGAAUUGGUUCGAUUUGUUAUUCCAAAUGCGCAUUUAGUCAUCAUUAUGGUAAACAUCAAUGAGAUGAUAUGAAUUUAGAUGAUUCCAUGUAAAACAAUUGCAGCGUGUCAGCUCGAAACCCCCCGAGGAGUGAUCGAGGAGCUAUCAUUUUUUGUUGUCAUUUGUUUUUUCUCUUAUACUCUUUGUCUCUCUUUCAUGCAUUAUUGUACUUUUUCACCAAGAAUUUUUUUGCAAUAUUUGAUGGUUGUGUUGGUUUGGUAUAAUCGUAUUUGGUAAUGGGGAAGCCCACAUUUGUGUAUUCACUGUAUUGUAAUCAUAUAUAAUUAUCUAUGCAUUGAUUUUUUGUUUUGUUUUUGUUGGUCCAGGACUGCCAAUUGGACCUACCUUUUGCAUAUGUCAAGAAAGUUAGUCCUGGCCUGCUGUUUUUCCUUUUUAACUAAUCUGAUGUGAAGCUUCUGGGUACAUUUGAGGCUGCUGGCCCUAUUUGAGGGGGUUUGGCGUAUGAUUAAUUAUAACAUGGGGUUUGACGCAUAUUUUAAAUCACAGGGGUACAUUAAACCCUAAAUAAAAGCUAAGUAGGACAAAAGCAAGAUAAUGAUAAAUAAAUGUCAAGAUAACGAUAAAAAAAGAUAUGAUAAAAAUAAUAAAAUAAAAUAGACAAAAAUGAUAAAUAGCAUGACUACUCUUUUAUUAAGACAGAGAAAGAUAAAGAAUAAGAAUACACAUAUAUUGGGGAUGGUUUUUUCGACAAGAUUAUCAUAUCGAGAACUUCUAGAUCGCGCAGGAGAUCCCUCUUGGAACCGUUUUAAGGUUCCUAGGAGUGCAAGGCCCGCCUCUAGAAACUAAAGACUUUCUUUUCUAUAGUCUUAAGUUUAUUCUUUAGCUUCCAUCCGUCUUUAGCUUUCAUCCGUCAUUAGCUGUUAUCUUUCGUUGGCAUUUGUACUUUUUACAAGUUUAUAAAAAAAUCUUUCCAUUUAAAAAAUUGGAGAUGAUUCAAAUACAAAGUAAGAAUGAAUCUUGUGCAUUGAUUGCCACAUCUAAUGGCUCAAAAUGAGCCAAAAAUGCACUAAAUUGAAUAAAAACGCAGUGGGAAUUUCAUAAAUAAUCCGAAUUAUUUUGCCACCGCGUAAAAGUGCAGCAGAAGCAUGCAAAAGUGCAACGCUGUGAGGAAAGAGUGCAACUGUUCGCACUGUGCACGGGAACACCUCUUUUUAUUUGAACUCUUCCCUAUAUAUAUGCAUCUAAUGUGAGAAAUUUUAUUAAAUCUUAUUUGUUAUAUUUAGGAUGUUGCACUGAUGCUGCCCUAAUGUUGCACCAAUGCUGCCCUAAUGUUGCACCGUUGCACUAAUAUUGCACAAAUGUUGCACUAAAAUAGCAUCUAUUAUGUAAUGUUCGCUUUGAUUUUGUCAUCUAAAUACGAAUGUUUGCUGUAUUGGCAUGCCUACGAUAUGACAUUUUGGUGAUGUUCUACUUGCCUUCUUCUCCGGGCUGUACUAGAUCGAAUGUAGACACCUUUAAAUAGACAUACACAUUUGUUUAUACGUGUAAAUGUUGAAAUAACAAUGCGGGGUUAAUGUACGUACCAGAGACAUAACAAUGCAGGAUUUUAUGUGCUGAGAGUUGUCCCAGUGGUUCAUCGUGAAAUUGUGAAGGGGAUAAAAGCGAUGGGAAACUUAUUUUGUGUGAUUAUUGGUAUUUGUUUGUGUUUCAGCUUGUCAGAUUGAUCACUUAUGCAGUGUAUUAUUGAAGUGUGAUAUUUUGUAGGAGACUUUGACUGAAUGGGUUCCAUGAAGAAGAAUAAAAACCAGUCAGUGAGGAACGGCGACCGACCCAACAGCACAACUGCAGUGUGCCCACUCGGAACCUCCCGAAGAGUGACCUCAGAGCUGUCAUUUUUGGCUGUAAAAGUCAUACAAUUGAAGAAUGUUUUUCGAAGCUGUUAUUUGGAUUUUCUCUUACACUCUAUGUCUCUCUUUCAUGCAUUGUACUUUUUCACCAAUAAUAUUUUUUGCAGUAUUUGAUGGUUAUGUUGUUUUGGUAUAAUCAUAGUUGGUAAUGGGUGAAUCCCACAUUUGUGUAUUGUAUGUAAUUAUAUAUGCAUUGUGUUUUAUCAAUAUGCUACUCUUUAUAAUUUCUACCAAAUCUGAUAUGAUUCUUUGUUUUAUUUUUGUUGUUUAGGGCUGCCAUUUGGACAUUUUGCCUAUGUCAUGAAGGUUAGUGCUGGCAUGCCGCUCUUCCUUUUUAAUUAUAGUGAUCGGAAGCUUCUGGGUACAUUUGAGGGUGUUGGCCCUGGAAAACUAAAUAUUGACCCAUAUGCAUGGACUGUUCGAGAGGUGCUAUGCUUUGAAAAAAGACCAGUUUUACCCUGUCAUUGCUGGUAACUACUAUGAUCAAGCUCACUCAUGCCAUUUUUCGUUUGAGAUGGACCAUUCUCAAAAAGCUAAGAUGAUCAGCUUGUUUUCAUCUUCAGCUCAGCCUUAUGCUCGUCCCUCUCAUCACCAUAGACCUACAUCCGAAGCCGGUUGUUCUAUUCCGUGAAACCGUUAUAAUGGUCCUUUGCCUUAUGAUGGUAGCCACAAAAUGCAUCUAGAAGUGAAGUGAUUCCACAAAAGGAUGCACAUGCUUCCUCUGAACAGAAAACGUGAGCUCUCUGUUCAAAAACCACACAUCUUCAGGUCCAAGUUCACCCUUGGCAGAGGAUUACAAUGGGGGAGAAUGGGAAUCUUGUUCUUCACCUCCAAUAACCAAAAGUGAACUCGAUGACUCCAUGAGGCAUGCAGAGAGGAGAUUGAGGGAGAUAAAGAAAGUAAUUAUCCAUUUAAUGAGGCUCCUGAAGUCUAUUCUGGCGAAUGGAAGGUACAACAGGUUGAAGAAGAUGCAAACAAUAUUCAACCAUUUCUUCAGGUUCCUGAAUAUUUGGUGGAAGUUCUUCAACUGAACUGAAUGAGGUGUGUGCAGAGGAGGAUAAUGUUGAAAGAUAUAAAUAAAGAGCCAUUUGUUGAAGCUCCUGAUAUUCCAUCAAUGUUUGCUCCAUUUAUACUUUAUAAUUUUAUUGAGAUAUCUUCUAUUUUUACUCAUAUCACUGUAAACUGUUACUUUUUAUUUGAAGCUGAUGCAAGAGGUUCAAUUAAUGGAGAGGCAAAUGAAACAAUAAGAGAAAAUUCAGGCUCUUGAGAAGGAGCUGGCUGGUAUGUGUGCUUGAGAUUUAAGAUCAUCAAAUUUCUGAUUAUCAUUACAGAUCCCAUCUCUUAAAGGUUUCAUCAAAUUUCAAAGAUUUGGUUUCUUUAUGUUGGUUCUUUCUGUCUAAUUUCGAAUUAACCUGAGAUGAAUCCAGUAUCUAUACACAUACUUUGAUCAAGGUAUUUGUGAAUACAAUUAUAUUUAAACGAAAUCGAAGCUAAAAAGGGUAAAAAAAAGAUAAGAUAAAAAAAUACAAUAAAAAAAAAAAUAUGUGAGAUAAAAAAGAUAACAAAUUAAAAAGAUAAAUAACCUGACUACUCUAUUAUUAAAAAGAGCACAUAAUUUUGCACUAAUAUUGCACUAAUGAUGCACGAAGAUUUAUAUUUUAAAAUGUUGCACUAAAACAGCGUUUAGUGUAGCACUAAUGUUGCACUAAAACAACAUCUAAUGUUGCACAAAAACGUCGUCUAAUGUUGCACU